CGCUGUGUGUAACAGUGUGUAACAUCAGUAUAACAUGGUGUUGUAACACGCGCGUGUUUAUUUUGCGGGUGUUGUAACCUUUCUUCAUUUCAAUUUUAAAUAAAAAACUUGUUAACGAGAAAUAUUUGAUUCCAAGUUUGUGCGCUCAAUUGUUAGGUAUUGAAGUGAGAUUAGAAGUAGAUUCAAAAAUGGACUUUUUGGAAUAUCCGGACGUAAUUGCAGAAGUCAAGGGAGCUAUGACUCCUGGAAGAUUGAAAUUAACGGACCAGCACUUAAUCUUCAAAAAUCAAAAAACAGGCAAGGUGGAACAGAUUUCAGCAUCAGACAUGGAAAUGGUGAAUUAUCAGAAAUUCAUUGGCACCUGGGGUUUACGGAUAUUUCUUAAAAAUGGAACUUUACAUAGGUUUCGUGGUUUUAAAGAAGCAGAUCAAGAGAAAAUUGCUAAGUUCUUUUCACAAAAUUACAAAAAGGAUAUGUUAGAAAAAGAACUUAGUUUGAAAGGCUGGAACUGGGGUACAGCUAGAUUCAAUGGCUCAGUUUUGAGUUUUGAUGUGGGUCAUCAUACUGCAUUUGAAAUUCCACUUUAUGAUGUAUCUCAAUGUAAUACUGGGAAAAAUGAAGUUACAUUGGAAUUUCACCAGAAUGAUGAUGCUCCUGUAAGUUUAAUGGAAAUGAGAUUUCAUAUUCCAAUUAGUGAUAGCGUGGAUCAAGAUCCUGUAGAAGCAUUUCAUCAACAAGUCAUGGAGAAAGCUUCUGUUAUUAGUGUCAGUGGAGAUGCUAUUGCUAUAUUUAGAGAAAUUCAGUGUCUUACACCACGUGGUCGCUACGAUAUAAAAAUAUUUCAGUCGUUCUUCCAAUUGCAUGGUAAAACUUUCGAUUACAAAAUUCCAAUGUCAACAGUUUUGAGGCUUUUUCUUUUACCACACAAGGACAGCAGACAGAUGUAUUUUGUGGUUAGUUUAGACCCACCAAUUAAACAGGGUCAAACUCGUUAUCACUAUUUGGUAUUGUUGUUCAAUCAAGAAGAAGAAACUUCCAUCGAAUUACCUUUUUCUAAGAAAGAACUGAAAGAAAAGUAUGAAGAUAAAUUAACAAAAGAAUUAUCAGGGCCGACGUACGAAGUAUUGGGAAAAGUGAUGAAGGUUAUAAUCAAUAGAAAAAUUACUGGUCCUGGUAAUUUCACGAGUCAUUCUGGAGCUCUUGCAAUUAGCUGCUCGUUUAAAGCAGCUGCUGGUCAUCUGUAUCCGUUGGAAAGGGGCUUCAUUUACGUUCACAAACCACCAAUUCAUAUACGUUUCGAGGAAAUAGCGUCGGUAAACUUUGCUCGUGGCGGAGGCUCCACCAGAUCGUUCGAUUUUGAGAUUGAAUUGACUAGUGGCGUUGUUCACACAUUCAGUAGCAUUGAGAAAGAGGAAUAUGGAAAACUGUUCGAUUUUAUUACUUCGAAGAAAUUGCGUGUUAAGAAUAGAGGCAAAAGUGAUAAACUGAGUUAUGAUAAUGACUUCGGCGACAGUGAUCAAGAAGAUGAACCAGAUGCCUAUUUGGCGAGAGUGAAAGCUGAGGCACAGGAAAGGGACGCGGAAGAUAAUCAUGAUUCUGAAGAAGAAUCUACCGAUGAAGAUUUCAAUCCUAAUCAGGACGAGAGUGAUGUGGCAGAAGAGUAUGACAGUAAUCCCAACAGUUCCGACAGUGACAAUGACUCUGACGACUCUGAAAAAAGUCAGAAGAAAGAGAAAAAAGAAAAGAGGGAAAGGAAAUCAAAAUCCGCUAAAACAGUAUCAGAAAAACCAAGAAAACGUAGGAAGCAAAAGAAAGAGAAAGAUGCGAACAAACCCAAGAGACCGCCAACUGCGUUUAUGAUUUGGUUGAACAAUGCUCGAGAAAGUAUCAAAGCAGACAAUCCAGGAAUCGCGGUUACAGAAAUUGCCAAGAAAGGAGGAGAAAUGUGGAGAGAACUUAAGGAUAAAUCUGAGUGGGAAGAGAAGGCAGCAAAGGCGAAGAAGGAAUACGCAGCUUUAAUGAAAGAGUAUGAAGCCAGCGGGGGUGGUCUGGCAAGUGCGGGUAGUCAGGCAAAAGGAGGUACUCAGGAAAAGAAGAAGAAAGAAGUAAAGAAGGAGUCACCUAGUAAACAAGUGGGAGGUUCUUUCAAGAGUAAAGAAUAUAUUAGCGAGGAUGAAAGCAGCAGCGAUGGAGACACUAAAAAAGGAGAUGACACCUGUUCAGAUGAAGAUAGCGAUGAAGACAAGGGAAAGAAAGGGGGAGACAAAAGUAGUGCGAAGGUAGAAAAGGGAUAUUCAAAUGAAGAUAGUGAUGAAGACAAUCGUACUGCGAAGGUAGAAAAGGCACAUUCAAAUGAAGAUAGUGAUGAAGACAAAGGAAAGAAAAAAGAAGACAAACGUACUGCGAAAGUAGAAAAGGCACGUUCAGGUGAAGAUAGUGGUGAAGACAAGAGGAAGAAGAAAGGAGACAAACGUAGUGCGAAGGUAGAAAAGGCACAUUCAAAUGAAGAUAGUGAUGAAGACAAAGGAAAGAAAAAAGAAGACAAACGUACUGCGAAAGUAGAAAAGGCACGUUCAGGUGAAGAUAGUGGUGAAGACAAGAGGAAGAAGAAAGGAGACAAACGUAGUGCGGAUGACGAUAAUAAAAAAUCAAAGAAAGAGAAGAGAGAUGAGUCUGAUGAAGGCAGCAUUGAUGAACCCAUUGAAAGUACUCCACCAUCUAGUGAUGUUGAAUCUAAGGAUAGCGACUAAUUAUGAAUCACUGUACAUGCAUAGGUAUAUACUGUUAGUAUUUCAAGAAACAUUAAAAUACGUUCCAAAUUUAAAGCUUUUUAAA